AUCAUAAUAGGUAUACAUUGACGAUAUUGCAAGUCUUCAUCCAUCACUGUAAUACAGCAAAUAUUACAAUAAAGUGAAUCACAUGAAUUUUUGGUGUCCUGGUACAUGUAAAAGUUAUGCUUACACUGUAUUGUAGUCUAUUGAGUGUGCAAUGGCAUUAUGUCUAAAGCAAUCUACAUACAUUACUUAAAAAAUACUUUUUUACUAGGAAAUCAUAACCAUCAUCAGAACCUUUAUCAGCCAAAUGCUUUGCUGCUAGAGGGUCUUGCUUGAUAUUGAUGACUGCUGAGGUGCUGCUGAAGGUAAGACAGGCUGUGCCAAUAUCUUAAAACAAGGCAACAGUGAAGUUUGCCUCGUCGAUUGACUCAUCCUUUUAUGAAAGAUUUUAAUGUAGCAUGCAAUGCUAUUUGAUAGCAUUUUAUACACAGUAGAUCUUCCCUUAAAACGGAAGUCAGUUCUCUCAAACCUUGCCACUGUUUUUAUCAAGGAAGUUGAACAAGAUGGAAAGUGAUGGGAGAGGCUUAUAUAUAUUGGAUAUGGGACAGAGGCCAAGAAUCAUCUCAGGUAGGGUUUGUGUCUCCAAUACCUCUGGCCGCUGAUUUGUCCAUAGUCCUCAUACAGGAAAUAACAAGUCUGUCCAGCAUCUUCAUAAGUCUGGAUUGACCACCAGCUUUGAGUCCAGCUCCUGUAGGCAUCUCCUGAAUUAAGCAAAACAGAAGGGUCUUCUGAAAUCACUGAAUCCCAGAAAGGCCCUCCACCUUUAGCACAAGGGAAGUCUUCACCGCUGGACAAAAGAGAAAAAGAUAAGGGGUCACCAAACUAGGGUUUCUGAGCAUGGAUCCAACCAUCCCAGCCUUGGACACAGAACUGACACCAAUCAACGGAACUGAGGAGACUCCUUACUACAAGCAGACCUUGAGCCUCAUGGGGCUGACGUGCAUCAUUUCCCUUGUCGGGCUGACAGGAAACGCGGUUGUGCUCUGGCUCCUGGGCUUCCGCAUGCACAAGAACGCCUUCUCCAUCUACAUCCUCAAUCUGUCCAUGGCCGACUUCCUCUUCCUCAGUGGCCGCAUUAUAUAUUCCCUGUUAAGCUUCAUCGGUGUGCCCCAAAUCAUCUCUAAAAUCCUCUAUCCUGUGAUGAUGCUUUCCUACUUUGCAGGCCUGAGCUUUCUGAGCGCCAUGAGCACGGAGCGCUGCCUGUCCGUCCUGUGGCCCAUCUGGUACCGCUGCCGCCGCCCCACACACCUGUCAGUGGUGGUGUGUGUCCUGCUCUGGGUUCUGUCCCUGCUGCGGAGCAUCCUGGAGUGGAUGUUCUGUGGCUUCCUGUUUAGUGGUGCGGAUUCUGUUUGGUGUCAAACAUCGGAUUUCAUCACAGUUGCGUGGCUGAUUUUUUUAUGUGUGGUUCUCUGUGGGUCCAGCCUGGUCCUGCUGGUCAGGAUUCUCUGUGGAUCCCGGAGGAUGCCGCUGACCAGGCUGUACGUGACCAUCCUGCUCACAGUGCUGGUCUUCCUCCUCUGUGGCCUGCCCUUCGGCAUUCAGUUUUUCCUAUUUUUAUGGAUCCACGUGGAUUGGAAAGUCUUAUAUUGUCAUGUUCAUCUAGUUUCUAUGUUCCUGGCCACUCUUAACAGCAGUGCCAACCCCAUCAUUUACUUCUUCGUGGGCUCCUUUAGGCAGCGUCAAAAUAGGCAGAACCUGAAGCUGGUUCUCCAGAGGGCUCUGCAGGACACGCCUGAGGCGGAUGAAGGUGGAGGGCAGCUUCCUGAGGAAACCCUGGAGCUGUCGGGAAGCCGAUCGGAGCAGUGAGGAAGAGCUUCUGCCCUGUCAGUCAGACGGGACUUUGAGAGCAACACUG